AUGGCCUAUGAUAGAUAUCUUGCUAUAUGUCAUCCUCUACGCUAUUCUACACUAAUGAGUAAUUCUCUUUCAGUCAACCUUACAAUGUUUUCCUGGGCACUGGGCCUACUUGGUUCCUUGUUGCCCUUAGCAAUGGUGUGCAAACUAUUAUUUUGUGGUCCAAACAACAUUAACCACUUCUUUUGUGAGUCACUAGCACUUUUUGAAUUGUCCUGCACAGAUGUUUCUACCAGCAAGCUUUCUGUGUUCCUAUUUGCAUCUGCUGUUGUGCUGGGUUCAUCUCUAUUAAUCAUAUCCUCAUACACAGCUAUUUUAGUUACCAUUUUAGGGUCUCCAUCCAACACCAGAAAGCAGAAGGCCUUUUCGACCUGUGCAUCCCACCUUAUGGUAGUCUUGCUGUUUUAUGGAACGCUUAUUUUUAUGUAUGUGGUCUCCCCUGCAAGAAGCAACCCUGAAGUAAACAAAGGCGUAUCCCUUUUGUAUACUGUUGUGACACCCGUUCUUAAUCCUGUCAUUUACAGUCUCAGGAAUAGCGACAUCCAUAAUGUCUUAGAUUCCACUUUAAAAACCAUGAUGUUGCACACUCAUUUAUACUGUGGUCUAAAAUUACAAAAUAUAUUCAACCUUUUUUAUUAA